CCAUCCGGUUUGCACGGACAGGGAUGACCGCUGAGGACUCGCGGCUUGCCUCGCCCUGUUUUGCAACAUCGAAGCAGCAUUUUGAAGACAUUCGUUAAAAAAUAUAUAUAUACAAUGUAUCCUUUCGUUGAUAUAGGAUGGAAGUCUCUCUAGAACAACUACUUUUUUUCAUGUCUGAAAAGCCAGUAAAUGAGAAAUGGAGUGCCGGUACUAUUUGAUGAGCGGAGGAAAAUUGAUUUCGUUUAAAAGAUAUGGCUGUGAAGCCAUGUGCUUCUUUGUUUACAAAAACAUAGGCUGUUAGUGGAGUGGUGAAAUUGUGUGAAUAGUUCUGUAAAGAAUUUGAACUUGUAAGAAGUGAGCCCCACAACCGUACCUGCAACUUGCCUGGAGCAGUCUAUUCAGACAGUGGGACAAACUGUAUCUGCCAACUCAAUGCCUAGUUUCAAUUCCCUACCGACCAUUCGUAAGGGUGGCAAGGAUGAUUUCUCAGGUUCUCCUGACGGGGACACUAUGUUGCCUACUCCCAGGUUUGCUGGAUGCUACACCACUGAAGGCUAGAGCUGUGAGGGAGGUCAGCAUCGACUCUGCCCAGGCUCGUGGCUUCCUGUCUCAGUCACGCCCCAAACGGAACGUCGAUCACAAGUGGCACGGCGGCACGCCUGAUUUCCAGUCCUACUACAAAUUCUACAACAGCAUCGGCCAUAUUGAAGGACUGUAUGAGAUUGACAGGAUCAGGAUGCUGUAUCAGCAGAUGCGUCACCUGGAGCAGGUCUAUGGGCCAGACGCCUCCAGCUACCAGAAUGCCCUGGGUGUGAUAACCCCACCACCCACCACCAUAGCCCCUACUACCACCACACUGCCUGCUACCACUCAGCCCACUCCUACUACCCAAGCACCACUUUCUUUUACUAAGACUGACGUCCUGUAUCUGUGUAACCCCAAAGACCCCCUCUGUAAAGCUCACAUCGUCUACCUGCCUGCAGGGGCCAUCCCAGUCCUCUGUGACCCACGCUACAACCCUGCCUGCAAACCCCAAACUGCUACGGUGGUCAUUGCUGCUGUACCUAUGGAGCCAGCUCCUGCAGCACCUCUGGAGCCAGCUGUUGAAGCACCACCUCCACGAUCUCCUAAGAAGUCUCUCCAACCUCAUCGUCCUCCUCCCAUCAUCAUUAAAGGGAUGGAGUAUGACUGUGACCCUUACUGGGACCCUGACUGCCUGAUCGAUCACCCACCUCGCCCUGUCAAGGCGACUGAGCCACUACCACCACCACAUACACUCCCCGUUGUUGUGGAGAAGAAGGUGAAGGAAGACGUUGCUCUUGAGGAGACCAAAACACCUUUUGACCUGCGUGAUUUUCGGCGUGACAUAUUUGACCCGUACCGCUAUUCUGACCAAGCCCCUGACCCGCAGUAGACAAAUAAAACAGUAGUGUUAGUUUACAACAGAAGGUCAGUAAACAAAUACAGGUAGAACAAAACCAUAACUUUUUUUUUAAUGCAAUUUCCCUCCAAGUAUGACACUUUUUCACUUCAUCAGAGAAUAUGGUUUCAGUUUUAGAGACAAGCCUGACAAAAUCUUGUAUUCAAUGUGGGUAUGUGAGCCUGUUAUUUUCCUUAACAUUAGGACAUUUGUCUGGGUGUGGACUCUACGAGGUGUUGAAAGCGUUCCACAGACACAGUUGUGUCAUGUUGCCUGGAUGUCCUUUUGAUACAAACCCAGCAGCGUUGCAGUUCUUGAAACACUCAAACCGGUGUUCCUGGCUC